CCCACUCUAUCUGCCUUACUAAGCUCUCUUUUAUUAGUCUCAUGCUGUUCUGCUUAUCUAGGUGGCUUCUGCGGAAGAUGCCUUGACUCCCUCUGCUGUGACGCCCUCUGCUGCAGCAGCCUCAUCUCGUCCUUUCAUUCCUGUCACAGAUGACCCUGGAGCAGCCAGUAUAAUAGCAGAGACAAUGACCAAAACCAAAGAAGAUGUGGAAAACCAAAGUAAGGUCUCUGGGCCAGAGCCUCAGUACCUGGAUGAAUUCACCAGUCUCUUGGUACCAGAUGAUACCCGAGUCAUGGUUGACCUAUUGAAGUUGGCUGUAUCAGGACGUGCUGGAGAGAAGGGGAAAGACGUUCUUUCCGCUGUGCUGUCUGGCAUGGGUACUGCUUAUCCUCAGGUGGCUGAUAUGUUGUUGGAACUAUGUGUUACUGAGUUGGAAGAUGUGGCAACUGAUUCACAAAGUGGUCGUCUGUCUUCUCAGCCAGUGGUGGUAGAAAGUAGUCAUCCAUAUACUGAUGAUACUUCUACCAGUGGCACUGUUAAAAUACCAGGUGCUGAAGGUCUUAGAGUAGAAUUUGACCGCCAGUGCUCCACAGAACGACGCCAUGACCCUCUCACUGUCAUGGAUGGAGUUAACCGGAUAGUUUCUGUGAGAUCAGGUAACAUUUUAGAUAAGGAAAGUUUUUCUUUGUGGAUGAAUUUCA